AAACGAUAUUUCUCUCUGGAGUUUAUUUAGGUAACCUGAGUUUCUCCUCCUUUGCUAAGGAAAAUAAUCUGUUUUACAAUAUGUUUUCCAGGAUAGGAGAGACCUUAUGUUCCUUUUAUUUUAAGAUAUACUUUUAUGAGGCUUCAUGGAGAAAUGAGAUCUUGGAAAAUGUUAAGAGAAUGGAAUAGCUGGAUUGUAGGGGGAGUCAAAGGUCACCUGGUCCUGACGGUAGCCAUGUCACUCCUUUACGCGCCUUACCCUUACUAGCUCAAUGGUAAGAUUGUCAGGUUUGGAAGGACCUUUGACUCAACUAAGCUACUCGUAUCCAACUGUAGGACUUCUGGAACUAAAGCUUACAGGUUUGUCUGUUUUGACUGCAAGCAUGUUUUUAUAUUUUUUUUUCUAGAUUGUUUAAUUGCUUUCAACACCUGGAGUUUGUAAGCUGUCUGAAACAGUGAACUAUCUGCAGCCUUUAUGUCUGAAUUGGAUAUCUGAAGUAAAACUUUCAGAAGUCCCUUAGUAUUUAGAAGUCUAAUUUUCCCUGACUUUCACUGAGAUUUACUUUUGUAAGUGGCAAGAUAAUUUUUGAAAAUGGGAUUUAGGCUCCUAAAUCACUUAGGUAUGAGAAUUUUCUGUUUGGUUCACAAAAAGAGCUCAGGAUUCAAAAAGAUUGGCAUGGAACUAAUUAAAAUCAGUGGUUUUCUAUUGUUCUGUAAUUUCAUGAAUAGGUCAUGUCUCUCUAAUGGUAAUGGAGGGCAAUAGAAAGUCCUUUAGCCAUUGAAUUCCAACUGAUACCUGAAGAGAAAGUGAAAAUCAAAGCCUUGUGAUCUAAAAGCUAAAGGGCAUCGUUAGUUUGGCAGAAUAAGGAGGACGUUUUUUGCAAGGAAGUGAAAUGGAAAAUAAACCUCACUAUAAACCAAUUUCAGAUUGCCUUUUCUAUGUAGGCAAGAAAUAAGUUGAAUGGGAGAGGGACAAUGGGGCACAAUUUUGGGAAGUCAGCUAACUACAAAUCUGCAGAGUCCUCAUUGCCCAGGCCCCUGAAGCCAGACUUCAUUUUCCUUUUGCUUAUUUAUUACAUUGAUAGUAUAUGAUGGCUUUCCCAACUAAGGCUCAGGGUGGCUUACAGUAAGAAAACAAAUAACAUAUAAAAGGAAGUAGAAUAUUAAAACAUUUUGAAAACUCCCUCAAACAAUAUACCCAUUUAGCCCUGAUUGCUAUGCCUGCCCAAAUACGAAAGUCUUACAGUGCCUCCGGAAGUUGUUCAGGCUUGGGCUCUGGGAGGCCCCGAGAGUGAGUUCCAGAGUUAAGAAGCACCUACUGAGAACCAUCUCCCAUGUGUGUCCCAAGCAAACUUGGCAUAUUGAUGGUACUUGCAGGUGGUCACUCUCAGCUGAUCUUAGGAAUUGCCAUGGGGUAUAAGGGAGAAGGCAGUUCCUUAAAUAUGGUAGGUCUCAUACCAUUCAGGGCCCUGUAGGUCAAAAUGAGUACCUUGAAUUAUUUCCAGAAUGCUAUUGGAAGCCAGUGCAGAUUCUGGGACGCUGGAGAAAUGGUUGGGUCUGGGGUAUGCUAAAUAUUUUUUAAUACAGGCUGUCCAAUUACUCAAAUAGAUUGCUCCCAGUUACUUUCAUAUAUGUAGCUGACUAAAGGAAAUAUCAAUAGAAAUAUUCUGAAACAUUUUUCUGGUGCUAGAACAGCCUUUGAAAGUACUUAAAUUAUGUGUUCCUUGCUGCUAGUCACACAAUCUCCUUGGUAUCUGCUGUUUAUUUAGAUAUGAUUAUAACCUAACAAGGUUGCAAGCCUACAACCUUUAUUUUUUUUGUUUAGUUACCAACGUAACAAACAACUUUUUCUACAUUAUUUGCUCAUUAUUCGCUGCUUCAAACACCCCUCUCUUGGUACAUAAUCUAAUUUACAAAAUAAUUGGGAAAAUGAUAUAGUAUAAUUAGCAUUCAAAAUUCUGUUUUAAUCCAUGUGGCUGUAGGUCAGUUCAGAAGUAGUAGUUGCAAUUAGUUCUUAACUGUUUCUUUCUUUCUUUCUUUUUUUUGGUCUGUUACAAAAAUCACACCACAUCACCUUGGACUGAGGUCUCAUCAACUAAAAGGCUUGGUAACCUUCAAGGUAAUAGAGUGCUGAUGACUCAUUUAGAGGAGCACUUCCAUUUUUGACAUUCCUGAACUAAAGGUUUUAUCUGCCCCACUUCUAAAGUCAAAGGGAGUUUUGCAAUUGACUUCAGCAAGAACAUGAUCACAGCCUAAAUCCAUGUUGUGCUGCUGAUAAAAUGUUGAGAGCCUCCUUCGCUACAGAUGUGGGAAGUGGGGAGCCUGCCAUUUCACAUUCAAGUGAAAUCUCAGAAGCAUCGUCUGAGAAUAUCUCUAAGUCUACUGUAAACAUGGUUACUGCAAUGGGUGAAGGAUUAAGAGAACGACAGCAUGGUGUUAACAGGCAAAAAGCACUGCGAAGCCUUCAGCAUAAGAAUGCUGCAGAGAGAGAAUCGAACUCCAUGAAGGAAUCUCUGGCAUCACAAAACACAGAAAUGAUUUCAUCCAUAGUCAUUUCACAGAUGAUUGAUGAGAAUAAAUCAAAAGAAAAUAGGUCUGCUUUGCCUUUGCAGUCUGUGAUCGCUCAGCCUGAUACUUAUCAUACGAAGCAAUCUUUGGCUAAUCAUGGUUCAGUCAACAUUAAUAGAGCAUUCACAUUACAUCCCAGCAGAUUAGAAAUUCAGGCAUCUCUAGAUGAUAGUGUACGCAGAACAGACUCUCACACCAGAGAGGAAAAACAAUGUCAUAACCAGGAAAACGGAUUUGCAUCCAUAACAAUUACUGCUAGACGAGUUGUUCCACCUUCUAACAACACAGUGCAGGAAGCUGCUACUGAUUCACCGUGUUUGAAAUGCAGGGGAGGCAAUCUGCUAAUGAAUGCUGCUACUACUGCUUCCAACAAUGCAGGUUCAGCUCAGCACUGCAGACCUCUGUAUAAUCAAGGAUCUUGUACAAACCAAAAUGCCACCAGAUUAAAGGUUCCUGAAACUUAUUCACAAUCAUGUGAAGGGCAUCAAGGCUGGAUUUUUAACUCUGAAAGCAAAGAGAGUAGAAUAUUUCCUCCUGGAAGUAAUCGAAGGAAAAAAGCACCAGUUUCAUUCACUUCAUGUAUUCACCUCAGAAUUUCUCAGCAGUGUCCAAAUAGAAUCUAUUAUGUAGACAAGUCACUCUCUGUCUGUGUUGACCGACCUCAAAUUAAAAGCCAAAAAAUUCAUAGAUCAAUAUUGUCCUUCAAUAUAAAUUGCAGUUCACCCAGAUUAACACCAGAUGGAGUAGAUGGCAUAGCUAAUGGAGGGCCAAGAGCUGAGACACUUAAGAGAAAGCUCUCAGAAGAAAACAAGACUCUACUCAGAACAUUUUGGACUGCAGAUUUAAAAGAAAAUACUGCAGAUAAAAAAAAAGCAGCAAAUAAGGAAUGCCUGGGUACUGCAUAUCCUUGGAAAGGCACACCUCCCUCUGAACUACUAUCAUUUGUGGAUAUACCCAAAGGAACUAAUAAUGUGAAAGCCACAAAAAAAGAUGAUGAUGAUGAUGAUAAACAGGCUGGUGGCAAUCACAUAAAAUUAUCUAUCCAAGUUCCUAAGUUGUGUUGCGAGACAGGUUCCUGGACCAAUCAGUGCCAGCUCCUGAACUGUGUCUCAACAUGUGCCUGGGAAUCACCUCCUUUCCCAGACAGGGUCCCCACUUCCACUCUUGGUGGGGAUGGCUGGCCAGCUCUGCAUCCAGGAACACAAACCUUCUCUGGAAGCAACAGGAAACAGUGCAAUAGAGAUACGUUUAGUGCAACUGCUCCUGCUUCUCUUCUAGAACGAGCACCCAUGAAAGAAUUCACAGCUGAUGCCAGUGGUUCUUUGAAAGUGAGAGCUCCAUCCAAAGCUACCUCUAAGUCCAAAGAGAUUCAAGCACAGUGGUUUCUAAAACCAAAGAUCCCUGUAUUUAAUUGUGUGUAUGAUAUAAAGGCUUUACCAAAACCUGUUCUAGAAGAAAAUGAUCUCCACAGGAAAAAUCAAUUCUCCAAAGGUGAUUACAAAUUCUGUGGCUCAGAUGACAAAAUAAAGGAAUGCAAGAAAAGAGAAAAACAAGGGGGAGCGCUAUCCGCAGCUUACUCCCCAGUUGCUGCUCAUGAGAAGCAAGCAGCAUUCACCCAGCCAGAAAUCUGCUCGGAGCCUGAGAACAUUCCAUCAAGCCCACUGACUCUCCGGGAGGCUCUGGAAGUCCAUAAACCAAAGUUUAUUUCUCGUUCACAAGAACGGUUGAAAAAACUUGAACACAUGGUACAAAUGAGGAGAGCCCAGCACAGCGAGAGCCCUGGAAAGAAACAAGGAGCUCUUCUCGCUCGCAAACUUUCCUCUAAUUCCAUUUCCAGUAAAAAGAAGCAAUAUACCAUUCCUCACCCCUUGAGUGAUAACCUGUUUAAACCAAAGGAAAGAUUCAUUUCGGAGAAGGAGAUGCAUAUGAGAUCUAAAAGGAUUUAUAAUAACUUGCCUGAAGUAAAAAAGAAACAAGAAGAAAAACAGAAACGGGUGAUCAUACAGAGUAACAGACUACGGGUUGAGGUUUUCAAAAAGCAACUACUGGAACAGCUUCUUCAAAGAAAUACAGAGUAACAAAGGAUUCUUUUGCUGCUCACAGUAACUGGACCUCAAGUGACUUUGACUAUUAGAUAAGCCAUAACAUUUUAUCUUAAUUACCUGGAUAUAUUUUUCUUACCUUUUACCUCUCUACAUAAAGAAAGAUAAUUUGUGCUUCAGUAGAAAAUUCUGAAAGAAACUUCCAGAUUAUUGAAAAAAAAUCAGAAAUUGAGGAAAACUGGUUUGGUAUCAUCCUAUGGUCAGCUUACUCAGGGGGAAAAAAGAGAGUUUGUUUUGCAAUAUUGGAUUAUAAUGGAAUUUAUUUUCAUAUUUUUAAAUAGUUUUUUAGCACUAGAACUGGGUUUAUAAUAUCUAGGAUACUUAUUUCUCCAAAGUAUUUUACUCAUUGAUUCUCUGAGAGUAACAUGAUGAAAGUAAAGAAAAUUAUUUGUUAUGUUUAGAAACUAGUUCAGAUAGCAUUGCUACAUAAUCCUAGCAGCAGCAGCUUUAAAGUAAUGAUUAACAUACCAAAAGGGACCUAUAUUUUGGUCCUCUAAAAUAGUCUUUUCCUGUUUAUAUAGUGAACCUGAAUAGCAGGUUCACCUGUUAGGGAGCAAUAUUUAGAACUUACAAUAAUAACAUUUAUUUUACAUGUUUUUCUCUGUAACAUAUAAUUUUGCUUGACUUCUGUGAGCAUAAGGUGUUUAUGUGAUGGCAUAUUAAGUGGUGCUGACCCAUGCAGAGACUUCUACAAAGGAAUAUGUUUGUAUAAAGAUUGUAUAAUUAAAAUCCUCUAUAAUGUUUCAUUCAAAAAUAUUUAAAUUUGUAUUUGUACAUUUUGGAAAUAAAAACAACUAGUUUACAUACCAAAUAGAAUAAAAUAUAAUAUUACUCUAAAUGUUA